GUCAAUACUCACCAGUAGUGCUUAGUGACGCCCUCUCUAAACAUCUUCUCAUGCGUUAUUUAAUGUGAAAAACAGGACAAUGGGAAUAACUGCAUAGCUCAUUAAAAGCUUAGAAAAUAAGAAACUGAAGUAAGGAAUGUUGUCACUGGACCUUCCAGAGGCUAACUCUUCACUCAAGUCGUCGUUGAUGGUAUCGUAGACUCUGUCGGGGAUCACUGUGUAUCUCUACUUUCUCAAUAGUACGCUGAGACAUACGCCAGAAGUUGAAGUGAUAAGGGAACAACACCAUGAUUCUUGGACCCAGACCAACGCUGGGGUAUGUGGGAUACAUGAUGGUGGUUGGAUCGUGGUACCGGAUGGCGGUGGUCUUAGGAGUGGUCGUACUCGCUACAAUAGCCCUCGUGCAGCAAGGAAGUCAAACUCUCACUCUCAUGCACUCUAAGCCCCUACCCUUUCCUCCGCCUAUGAUGUACAUCCCUCCACCUUCCCACGACCACAUGACUGCUCUCGACGCCUGCUCCGUUGAAGCCGCCACCAUAAGACCGGUGGGCAUCAGUGGUCAUGUUGGACGUCAGGUGUACGUGUUCCUGUGGGGGUCGUCCGUGAGGCCCGGGGAUGUGUGGGCCCAGUGGCUGUCCCGCCUCCAGCGAGUCAACAUUGGACUCCUCAACGUGCCCAAGACCGUCGCCAGAACUCCACUUGAACGGCUUUCAGACAUGAUAGGCUGGACCUCGUAUCCUGAGUGGUCUGUGUGGGCGGCGGCGCGGGUGGCGAUGCUGUGGGAGGCUGGCGGUGUGGUGCUGCCCCUGGGCGUGGUGCCCACACGCCCACUGUGGGUGGAGGCACACGGACCAAGAUCCGGGAUGUUGAUGCUGGGACGUCAAGAUGUGCUUCACCGUCAUAGUGGAACGCUCGAUCCCGUGCUAAUGGCCAUUCCUGCUCACCAUGUGCUCCUGGAAGCUCUCGCUUACUAUCUGGUCGGUGAUGUCAACGGCGGGGAUAUUGACCCGAUCACUAGCCAGAGGCAGCUGCUGACGAAGGCCGUACAAGAGGUGUGUGGGGAGGACAAGCUGGAGAAUCUGCCCCAGACCGACUGUCACACCUUCACCGUCCUUCCCGCCAGCGCAGUCCUUCACAUGCACCUCGACCAGACGCCUCCUGAGCCAGCUGCUGCGAGGGAAGCGCUCCUCCUCCAGUACACAGAUGACCCCUACCACCUGGACGACCCCGUCAAGGUGUUCCAGCUUUUCCAGUCGUACGAGCUGUACAACUACUGUCCCAAGACUGCUGAACAUCUGACAAAUAUGUAUCGAAACCUCCUGUAGUCCCACUCAACAACCGCUGCCCUCAGAUGGCUAUCUGAUGAGUGAUAAUGAGUGCUCCCAGUUAUGAGUAGAAAUGUAUUAUGAAUGUGUGUGUAUUCACCUAGUUGUGCUUGUGGGAGUUGAGCUCUGCUCUUUCGGCCCGCCUCUCAACUGUCACUCAACUGUUACUAACUACUAACUA